AUGGUGCCUCAUGAUGGGGUUGCUCCUGUUGGGCUUUGUGAGGAGCAGGAGCAACCAAUUGCUCUGACAGUUAUUCUAUGUACACUGAAAGAAGAUAGUAAGAAAUGUGUGAAAGCUCUUGGAUUAAAAACUAUAAGAGGUAGAAGAGUGAUGCCAAAGAGAUGUACAGAAAAUCAAUGGCUAUGGGAGAUUAUAACAAAUGUGCCUUUAGAUGUGACCAUGGAUCAGAUUAAAAAUAAUUUAGUGGAAGGAAAUGCUGUGGAAGCCAAAUGUUUAAAGGGUUUUCAUAAAGGAGUUAAAACUGAUAGUGCAUUACAGUACAACUCCCAGAAGGGUUCUGUGCCAAGCUUUGCUUCUCUGACUCUUGCUAUCACUCCUCGACCAUAUGCAGGAGCCCUCCUGGAGCAGUCAGUCACUCCUGCUUUCCGGUAUUACAAAAAGGGACAUUUUGCUUCCAAACCACGGCCUAAACAUCCAUUGAAGGUCCAUGUCUGGGGAAUGAUUUCGAGAUAUGGAGCAGGGCCUAUUGUAAUUUUUGAAGGAAUUAUGGACAGACCGUUUUUCAAAAAUUCCAUCAUCAAAGCAGCUGCAGGACCAUAUAUACGAAAAUAUUUUGGAUCGCAUCAUCGCUUCUUCCAGGAUAACGAUCCAAAGCACACUGCUGCUGCAUCCUGCAUUGCGGCAGAGGGAAUCAACUGGGUGAAGACUCCGCCAGAGUCACCAGAUUUGAACCCUAUCGAGCUUGUCUGGCACUCCAUGAAAGACUUCAUCCGAAAAGAGGCAAAACCGGGCACAAAAGAAGAGCUCAUUCGUGCCAUUGAGGUAUUUUGGGAGACAAAAGUUACCCAAGACUUCUGCAGUACAUUAAUCACCGGACUUCAUAAUGUACUGAGAAUGAUAGUGAAAAACAAUGGGGGGCACAGUGGAAAAUGAACAAUCUUCAAAUCCCCA